AUGGAUGCUGAUGUCAUGUCCACCUUCCUAUUCCAUGAGCGGAUUCAAGCGAACCUGUCAAUGAGAAAACGAGUUCUCAAGCUGACCGAGGCAGCUCGAGAAGCAAACCUACUAGCAGCCGCUCAGACCUACGCCCAUGCAUCAGGUCUAGCUCCAGAUUGGGGUACUGGUGCGAUAUCACGAAAAGCUCGAGUUCUACUACCUGGUGAAGCCAGAGUUGAAUGCUGCGUAGCCGAAUUGGAGCUCUUCGAGCUCUUUCGGGAAAAGCUUUUUCCGGUGGAAGACGAUGAAAUGAUCCACCAGGCUUUGAAGAACGUUCUUUCAACAACUGCGGAUGAUGUUCUUGAAGUUGAUCUGACCUUUUUGGCGUUGCCACAAUCAGUAUUUUCGGCAGCCCAUCUUGAACAGCUGCUGGCAGUGAUUCGCGCAGAUGCGCCUCUACCUCCGGCUGCUACCCUCAGCGUCUUAGAUGGCUUGGUUGAGGAACUGGGUUUCGUGAACAUGCAGAAGUACAUGCAGAUCACAGCUCCUCACAGAGUUACACGCGCGAUCCAGCAGUCACAGAGCGAGCGCCAACGUGCUAGCCACAGCGACUCGCGAGAGAAGCGGGCCUUGGUGCUUUGCAGUGCUACUUUGCCUUCCGACUGCUGGCGUGUCUAUAGUAUGAGAAUCUCCGGCAGAUGGACUGAUCAAGGUUGGGGCAACACCAACAUUAACAAAGUAGAGAUUCGGGCUGUCACCGCUCGGGCUGGCUUAGUGUACGUGCAACUUCAUUCUGUGGACUGGAAGUCAGACAAAAGCCGCACUGAAGUGAGCUUUGGCGGGACUCAGCUCGGACAAGGCUUGGAUGAAGAGGAUGAGCAAGUCCGAAAGAACUUGGAUCUUGAGGGUGCGGAAUCUCUGCUGGAGAUCCUCACUGAAGGAGAUUUGGUUCAAAUUACGAUGGGUUGCGUCGGCUGGAGUGGUCAUAGAGCCCAGGCAGAGGAUACUCGUUUGGAGAUCGAAUACUUCCCAUAUGCAGUUUGA